AAUUAAUUAGUGUACAAAUGUAUAUAGUGGAUGUGUUGUGAGCUAUUUCUUCUGUGGUUAUUGAUCAGAGGAUUCAGUUAUUGGUGAAAAGGUAACUGCUAUUGGUAACAGUUCUUCUGUUUGGAUUAUUUUUGGAUUGACUUUGGAAUCACCAAAGUUACCAAAACAUCACCAAUUUUCCGCUAGUAGUUAAUAUUUAGUAAUUAAGUGGAAAAUAGCUAAAUAUUAACAAUGGCAGAAGCUAUGAAGCAAACAGUGUCUUCGAUGUUAAAAGGAAUCGAAAGAUAUAAUCCAGACAAUCUUCCAACCCUUGAAAAAUAUGUGGAAAUUCAAUCACGUGAAAAUGCUUAUGAUUUAGAAGCCAAUUUGGCUGUGUUAAAACUUUAUCAAUUUAAUCCGCAGAGUUUCAAUGUAAAUAUCACAUGUCAGAUUUUACUGAAAGCACUAACAAAUUUCCCACAUACUGACUUUAUUUUAUGUAAAUGUCUUCUUAAUGAAAAGCAGCUUGCCUUAGAAUCAAUCACUCAAAUCAUGUAUUUGGGCGAUAUUCUGGAGCAGUGUGAUUUUCAACUAUUUUGGACAAUUGUUAGUACAAAACCAGAGUUGAUCCAAAAAAUCACUGGAUUUUUUGACUCUAUAAGGAAGUUUGUAUGCCAUGUAGUGGGAAUAACGUAUCAAAGAAUUGAACGUAGUCACUUGUCUGAACUUUUGGGAGAUGUAGAUGAUAUUACAUUAAAACAUUGGGUUAGAAAAUAUGGUUGGCAUGAAGAUGGAAAUUUGGUUUUCAUAGCUAAUCAAGAUGAAAACAUCAAAACCAAGAAUAUUAAUGAGAAGAUCGAUUUUGAAAGUGUUGGAGCUAUAAUGGCAUCUUGUCGAUAAUGAUUUUAUGAAAAAUAAACGUUUUUCUGUAUUA